AUGGUGGGACUCCCGAACAGGGCCGCUCGGUGUGGAAUCUGCCGGCGCCACAAGAUCAAGUGUGACCUUUUACGUCCUGCUUGUUCAAGGUGCAAGCGAUUGAAUCUGAGUUGUGAAUAUCCAGACUUGCAGAGGGGCCAGAUUUUCGUCAACCGAAAUUUGAAGAAUCCUCGAGUGAAAGCAAUUGAUAUAUUAUCAACAACGACUUCUGAAAAGAAGAAACUAAAGACCCCAGAAAAUAUAUAUCCCAUCUCAGUUGUGACUACUCUUGGGGGAUACCCCGAGAAGCAAAACGUUUCAAUUCCUCACUCUCCAAAUCCGGAAACUCUGAACCGAAUACAGUUAUUAUCCACCUUUAUUGACCUAUAUCUUCCCAAAACGCAAGACCCAGCCGUACCCGGUCAAUCACCGGCUACGUGGAUCAAUUGUUUGGGCAAUAUAGCCACGAGCAAUAAUACAUUUGACAUCUCCCUGAAAGCCUUGUGCUUAACACAGCUUGGACUCUGGCACCACGACUCUGCCUUGGUGAAGGAAAGCCACCGUUUGUAUGGUUCCGCCCUCCGAGGGCUAAGAGAAGAAGUUAGCCAUCGGAAACUGGAUGCGCCAAAGGCCACUCUGGCAACCAUUAUCAUUUUGUCAACAUAUGAGUUGUUCUCCGGGUCAUCGGAGAGGAGUCAGGGGUGGGUGAGCCACGCUCGAGGUGGCUCGCAUAUCCUACGAGUGCUUGAUCCAAGCAUUGCCUCAAGUCCAGUCGGCCGCCUACUCUGCCCACGAAUACGAAUAAUCGGUAUAUUCGAAUCCUUCCGAAGUCGCAAGACAGCCCUCCUGACAGGACUACACGUCCAAUCUCCCACUGAAGCCGAAAUAUCCGAUUUAUACUGUCACCUCCAAGACCUCAUGAUACAGAUACCUCCAAUUCUAGAAACAUUCGAUACCCUUACGAUCACAACUAUCGAUCAAGCCACUUUGAGAACUGUACUAGCUCAACUGCUCCAAAGAUGCACAACGCUACACGCCCAACUCCUCGCUUGGUGCGAAGUCUUACGAGAACACGUCCCCAGCCAGCUAUACUCGAGCCAUCCAUCCAUAGCCCACAACCCCGCAGACGAACCUGGUUCUCACACAUUCCCCCUCGCAUUCCAUUUCCUCACGCUGAGUAUCGCGCAACUUUUCCUGCUGUACUGGUCAAGCUUGAUAGUUCUGUACCGCACGAUGCAAGACGUAUCCCUCAGACUCGCCCAACCUCUCCCAUUCCCCUCCCCAGGGAAAUUCUCGCUAUCUCCACCAUCCGCACCAUCCGGCCAAGAGCACAGCUGCGAUGAUGACCUUGACUUCGAGCACAGCUUCUCCUUCCCAUCGACGAACAACAUCGCCACCCUCGCGGGAAAAAUCUGCCAGUCAUUCGAAUACUGCUACCAGAGCACCAACGGCACGCUGGGUGUUCAAUCAACAGUAUUUCCACGCUGGGUAGCGACCGAGUUCUAUGCUUCGAGACCCAAAUAUCACCGAGAGCUGAAGUGGUGCGAUGAGGUUCAAAAUAUGACGGCGGAGGGGGCGAGAUUCGACGUGAGGGUUGCGAAAUUCGGGGACAUGGGGGAAUUUCGGAUUUGA